AUGACAAUAAAAUACAUUCAAAAAGACCUUUUCAAAACCUCAGCACCAGCAAUCUUAGCCCAUGCUUGUAACACUCAUGGUAUAUGGGGUGGUGGUAUCGCCCUUCAAUUCUCCAAAAAAUUCCCAUCAACAGAACGUAAAUAUAUAAAUCAUUGUCAAUCACAUACUCCCAGUGAAUUAUUAGGUACUACCCUUUUAAUAAAAUCCGAAUUAAAUGACCCAGGAAAUUUAGCUGGGAAACAACCUCAUGUUAUUGCAUGUUUAUUCACUAGUAAAGGUGGUGGAGGUGAUGCAGAUUCACCUCAAAAAAUUGUUGAGAAUACUGAAAGGGCAAUAAAGGAUUUAGAAAACCAAUUGAAUGAUACAAUGGAAGAUUGGUUAUUAGAUACAAAACCCACUGAAGGGAAUUGGUUGAUUGAAUUACCAAAGAUUAAUGCCGGGAUUUUUAGAGUUCCUUGGGAUGAAACUGAAAAGGUAUUGAAAGGUAGUGAAAAGUUGGAUUUUACGGUUUAUGUUGUAUGA